GAUUUCGUGCCCCUAAACUAGAGCAGCAAAGCCAGCAGUAUCUGCUUACCUUGACUUUGUGAUGUCAGGAGGGGAGUCAGUGUGACGGAACCACAGAAGGAAGCGUAGAGUAUCACAGCCACAUGAAACUUGCCGAAAGUCUAGUGGCUGCGUUAGAGAAGAAAUGUGGAUUAGCUGGUACAUUCUGAGCAUUUGGCUUUUGGAAAUAGGUAAAGCCUUCAUCGAACCCUUUUUAUAUAAAGCUCAUCUGCGACGUUGGUUUAAACCAGGGUUUCCCAAACUUGGGUCUUCGGCUGUUUUUGGACUACAAUUCCCAUCAUCCCUGACCACCGGUCCUGCUAGCUAGGGAUGCUGUAGUCCAAAAACAGCUGGAGACCCAGGUUUGGAAAACACUGGUUUAAACCCUCACCCCCAAUGUUAUAACACUUAGUUUUCUCUCUUCUAGGAAGCUCAAAUGCUCGCAUCGACCAAACACCGGGUUUAGUGCUGAGAGACGGGGACACUGCGCAGCUGGAAUGCAAUCAAACGGAGUCUCACAACUAUGUGUUCUGGUACCGGCAGGGUGCAAAUCGAGGUCUGCAGUUUCUCUAUUUUUUCCAGUAUCGAGAACUUAUGGAGAACAGCAGUCUUCCUGAACGGUUCGCAGCCAAGCAGCCUGAGACUCAGCACCUUCAGCUGAAGAUUUCCUCUGUGAAACAAGAGGAUUCAGCCAUCUAUUUCUGUGCAACCAGCCUUGACACAGCAGUUCAAAGUAAUGCUUCCCACCUGCAAAAACAUUUCAUAUGUAUGAGCGUCUGA